AUGGCUCCUGGACUGACAUUUCAAGGCACGGUCCCGGCGGGUGGAGUGGCGUUCCAAGGACAGUCGUGGAACCAAGUCCCCCAAAGUGAUGUGAGCCCUCCUCAAGGCGGUGGCUACGGAAUACAAGCGACUGCUGGUAACCCUCAAAGGAGCUUCCCCGUUGUAGGUAUCCCUACCGAGCUGAGAAACGCAGUGAAAGUCAUUGUUCCGUUCCACUCGGAUAGCGCCACGUGUGAGCGAGCGGCAGCGUUUUGGAGAUCUUUCGAGAAGUGUACGGUGGGAAUAAAUGCCCAGAUGAGGCUGACUGCGUUCGAACAGUGCCUGAAGGGUAAGGUUGGGCAGGAGUGGUGGUAUAACUCGAAGACCGACGGCUUUGAAGCUCUUAGAGUGUGGUUUCACAACCGAUUCAUCUGCCAGACUCCUGCUCAAUUGUGGAAUCGGCUCAAGACAGCCAAGCAAAACAAGGGCAAAUCUGCCGAAGAGUGGGGAGAUCGCAUUCCGACUAUGUAUGAGGCUUUGAACUACAACGAGCCACGGAUGCAGUUUGAGUUCUUUUUGGAUGGUCUUCGGAACAAGCAGAUGAAGGCGAUGCUCAAUUCUAGUAUGGUUACGUCGAUUCCGGAGGCUUGUGCCUUGUUACUGUACAAGAAUCUGCACCUGCCUGUCGAGGAGGAAGACGAGUCCGGAACCGGAUCCCCUCCACUUGGAACGCUUCGUAUUCGUCUAGGACCGGACACGCGUACGACGGAAGGGACAAUUGUAUGCGGCCGCUGCGAGCGUAGAGGUUGCAGUCGCGAAACUUGCCCUCGCGCUACGGGACACUUCAGUCGGUGCAAUGAGUUGGGGCACUACUCUAUGGAGUGCAACAUACCAAAGCCACAAGCCAACAAUCGAUACGCGGAACGCCGCCCACCGGAGUGCCUCCUCUGCGGGGAGAGGGGCCACAUGAUCGCCAAGUGUCCUGAGAUUGAGACGCUGAGGGGCUUGGUGAAGACCGGUGUCGUGGCUGGAACGCCGGCAACCGCUACGCAGUCCCAACAAUGA